GCUUGCGCCCUCGCUGCUCUUGGGGCAAGUUACCCCUCAGAGGCAGCAAGGAUCAGUGUGGGAUUCAGCCUGGUGGAUGCUGGUCUAGCCGCUGUACAGAGACGUGCUUGGUGGGGAAGGUGAAAGCAAUCUCCUCUCACCAUAGCCAUGGCGGCUGGUGAGGCAGCAGGCAGGCCUGGGCCUGCUUGCGUGCUGGGCAUCGACUUGGGUACGACAUCAGUUAAAGCAGCCCUGUUGACAGGGGCAGAGCGAGAGCAAGUGGUGGCAGAGAGUUGCUCCAGGGAGACGCAGGCAUACGCCAGUAGCCUGGAAGCUGGACCGCAGGGAAUGGAGCAGGAUGUCCGGAGAAUAGUAAGGGCACUCAAUGAAUGCCUUGCUGCUCUACCUCAGCAGCAGCUUCAAAGAGUCAGUCACAUUGGUAUUACAGGACAAAUGCAUGGGAUUGUAUUUUGGAAAAGAGAUAAAGGUUGCAAGUGGACAGAGAGUGGCCCAGGACCUACCUUUGAGCCAGAGGAAGUCAGUCAUCUGGUUACUUGGCAAGACACCCGCUGCAGUCCUACCUUCCUCUCUUCUCUUCCUCUGCCACAGUCGCAUAUCAGCUUGGCUACAGGAUUUGGAUGUGCCACAGUCUACUGGUAUUUAAAGAAGAGUCCAGGUUUUCUGAAGUCUUACGAUGCAGCUGGCACUAUCCAUGACUACGUGGUUGCCAUGUUGUGUGACCUGAGGAAGCCACUCAUGUCUGUCCAGAAUGCUGCCAGCUGGGGAUAUUUUAAUUCCAGAAAUAAAAGCUGGAAUACUGAUAUAUUGAAAGAAUCUGACUUUCCCAUUCACUUGCUUCCGGAGGUGGGAGACCCUGGCAGUAUUGCAGGCAGGACAGUCAGUGCAUGGCAUGGAAUCCCCAAAGGAGCAAAAGUAGGAAUUGCUCUGGGGGAUUUCCAGUGCUCUGUGUAUUCCUGUCUGACUGAGAGGACUGAUGCAGUUCUUAAUAUCAGCACCUCUGCUCAGCUGAGUAUCUCAAUGCCUCCUGGUUUCCAGCCUCCAGACAUGCCAGAUCCUUCCUCAGCUGUUACUUAUUUUCCCUACUUCAAUGGUGACUACUUGGCUGUGGCAGCAUCACUUAAUGGGGGCAACGUGCUAGCAACGUUUGUGGACAUGGUGGCACAGUGGGCAGAAGAGCUAGGACUUCAGGUCCAGGAGUCUGCCAUCUAUACAAAGAUAAUCAAAGCAGCCUUGGCCCAAACCAACAGCAAACUCUUGAUCCACCCAACCAUAUUUGGAGAGAGACACGUUCCUGAGCAGCUGGCAUCAGUGAGCAAUAUUGCUGUCUCUGACCUCUCUCUGGGUCAUGUAACCAGAGCUCUGUGCCGUGGCAUCAUUGAAAACCUCUGUUCCAUGCUACCUGUGAAGUGCCUGAUGGAGACUGGAGUGAGGAGGGUUCUGGGGAGCGGCAGUGCCCUUGCCAGGAACGAGGUGCUGAGGCAAGAAGUGGAAAGGGUUUUUCCAUUCCCUGUGGUUUACGGGAAGGAUGUUGAUGCUGCCAUGGGGGCUGCCAUGGUGAUGUUCCACAGAAAAUAAAGUCAUUGUUUGGGAUGGCCUGA